AUGGUGUUUCACUGGGAUAUCUGCGCGGGUGGGCGGGGCCUGCCCGGGUGGGCGGGGCCGGUCCGAGCCCGCGUCCCCGGGUCUGGCGGGAACCCCGGGACCCCCCAAAAUCCCCGGGACCCCCCGACACCGCCCCGAUGUCUCUUACAGGAGGAGCCGCAGCCGCCCGCCCUCGACAUCCCCGUGGCUCGCCUGACCGUGUCCUACAGCCGGAGCAGCGGCCCCGGCGGGCAGAACGUUAAUAAAGUGAAUUCCAAGGCAGAGGUUCGGUUCCACCUGGCAUCAGCCGACUGGAUUCCCGAAGCUGUGAGACAAAAAAUGGCUCUGAUGCACAGGAAUAAGAUAAACAGGGCUGGUGAGCUGAUUGUGACCUCGGAGGAGAGUCGCUACCAGAUGAGGAAUCUGGCGAUUUGCCUGGAAAAAAUCCGGACCAUGGUCACGGAGGCGAUCGAGAAACCCAAGGUGGUGUCUAAGGAGACAACACAGCAACUCAUAGAGAGGGUGGAAAAAAUGAACCGUGAACGGCUACGACAGAAAAAAAUACACUCAGCUAUAAAACAGAGCAGGAAGGCAGAUUUUGACUGAGAACAGCAGAGAUCCAAGCCCUUGGCAUUCCAUCUUCCUAAAGAAGUGGUGUUUACAGCUGUAAAUGAUGCUAAACUCAUGAGCUGUAGUGAAUAAAAAUAGCCUAAAAGUGUAAAUAAAAAUAUUUAACAUCUUC